CUGGUCUCCUUCACUCCUCUCUGAUCGAGCACAGCGGCGGAAGUUCACCUCCAGCUCUCGACAUGUCUUCCAGGGUUGCAGUGGUAACAGGCGGCAACAAGGGUGUUGGCUUGGCCAUCGUUCAAGCACUCUGCAAACAAUUCCAGGGAGACGUCUACCUCACUGCCCGAGAUGUAGGUCGUGGUCAGGCAGCCGUGGAGUCUCUGAGCUCACAGGGCCUAAAUGCAAAGUUUCGCCAGCUCGACAUCGACAACUUGAACAGCAUCACCGCCGCCGCUGCUUUCUUCAAGGAGAACUAUGGAGGAGUGGACGUCCUCGUCAAUAAUGCUGCUAUAUUGCUGAAAGCUGGUGAUCCGAAUCCCUACAGCGUCCAGCUAGAUGUGACUUUCAAGACAAACUUCUACGCCACCAGAGACAUGUUGACUCACUUCAUGCCGCUCGUCAAAGCUGGAGGUCGUGUGGUGAAUGUCUCCAGUGGUCUCAGCAUUACUGGUUUGAAGCAGUGCGAGCCGGCUCUGCAGCAGCGUUUCCGCAGCGAGGACAUCACCGAGGACGAGCUGGUGGGCCUGAUGCAGCAGUUUGUGGACAACGCCAAGAAGGGACAGCCAAAGGAAGAAGAUACUCCUCUGAAGGCGUACAACUUGUCCAAAACUGGAGUGACGGUCCUGUCCAUGAUCUUGGCUCGUCGCUUGUCCAAGGAGCGACCGAAUGACGGGAUCUUGCUCAAUGCCUGCUGUCCAGGAUGGGUACGCACAGACAUGACCGGACCAGAAGCCACCAAGUCGCCAGAAGAAGGCGCCAUCACUCCGGUUUAUCUGGCCCUGCUCCCUCCCGGAGCCACAGAGCCUCAUGGGAAGCUUGUAUCUGACAAAGCAGUUCGAGAGUGGUAAAAAAAAAAAAAAAAAUACAUGUUGAAGACACCUAUGAAUGAUUACAAUCAUUGAUUAUAAAACAUAAAACAUUUCACUGCUAAUAGUCACACAUGUUUUUGU